AGAAACUUUUACGACUGCUAUCAACUUGCAGGUUUUGGCCUACUCUUGCUUUCUUGCUAUUCAUAUACAACAUCAGACACUUAAUGUCUUUUGCCGACACGUCUCUGGAUCAAAAAUUAAAACUACAUCAAAUGGAUAACAUUUUAAAAAUCAUUUGCUGGUUUUACGUUUUAUCAGCAAUUGAAGCUGCUACGUUGGGAGCAAGCUGCAAUAACACUGUGCUGUGUACACCAACUGUUGAAACUUGUACUUCGAAUGUCUGUGAAUGUGGCUUUGAUUAUUUCAAUGUCAGUGGAGAAUGCAAAUCAAAAACCAGACUGGCCCCAACCAUAACCAAUAUUACCAGUACCACCUCCAAGAUAUUAGUAUACUGGAGUCACCCAAGCUCUUACUAUGAUCUUUUGUCGAACUAUGAGGUGACAUGGAAAGCAAAUGGGAGUUCAGGAGGAUCGUCAGGACUUCUUGAAAAAACAGUUAAGCAAUAUACCGUCUCUAGUCAUCUGAUGGCUGGACAACUCUACAUAGUAAAUGUGAUUACCCACGCUUACCGCACAAAUCCUGCAACAAACAUUGUUGUAAAUUCCAGUGACGCUACAAUUAGAUUGGUUCCACAAUAUCCCGGGUACCUACUAACAAGAGAAUGUGACUUCGCUCAUGAUAACUUGCUUCUGAAAUGGGAACCCCCUGUCGAGACCUUUGUUACCAAGUAUGAAGUAAGAAUCGAUGGCAUCACUUAUACUACAACAGAUUUUUUUCCUAUGCUACAAAUCAAUGGGAAAGUUUUUCUUCCUGGAUGGCGUUAUAAGGUUAGACUUAUUACUGUCAGCGGGACCACUAAUGUUAAGAAAAGCCUGGACAAAAAUCAGUGGAUUAGAACUACUCCAACAAGACCAGGUCCGCCAACCAAUGUAAAAUGUCUCGUUGAUCAACUAGAUAUCUCUCUAGAGAUAUCAUGGACGGCUCCAACAAACCCGAAUGGAGUUAUUGUUCAGUAUCAAAUCAAUAUCAAUCCGGGAAAAAUGGACCAGGCCAACAUAACAUCUGUAGCAACGAAAAAAAUCGUAGAUAACCUUAUUCCAGAACAUGUAUAUUCCUUCACUGUACGAACAAUUAACGAUGCCGCAGAAUCCAUCAGAAUAAGCGAUCCAAGUCAAGCUGUUUCCUGCAAAACAAAAGCUAUGGUUGAAACUACUUUAAAACCACAGACAUCAACUGUCAUGCAAUCUACAGUGGAACUAGAAAACACUGAUACUGUACUCGCUCCCAACAUAACGAAACUUACUAGUACAACGUCAAAAAUAUCAGUAUACUGGAGUCAUCCAAACACUCAAUAUGAUCUGGUGUCUAACUAUGAAGUGACCUGGAAAGUGAAUGGGAGUUCUGUAGAGACGUCAGGUCUUCUUGAAAGGACAGUUAAGGAGUAUACUGUCUCUCGUUAUUUGAUUGCAGGACAACUCUACAUAGUAAAUGUUAUCUGCCAUACGGAUCGUUCAAACCCUUCAUCUCACACUGCUGUUUCCUCUGAUGACGCCUCCAUUAGAUUAAUUCCACAAUACCCCGGAUACCUACUAUCAAGAGAAUGUGACUUUUCUCAUGAUAACUUGCUUUUGAAAUGGGAACCCCCUGUCGACACCUUUGUUACCAGAUAUGAACUAAGAAUCGAUGGUAAAACAUAUACUACAAGAAAUUUCUUUCCUAUGUUACAAUUCACUGGAGAAGUUUUUCUUCCUGCAUGGCGUUAUAAUGUAAGAAUCAUUACCGUCAGUGGUACAGACAAUGUCAAGAAAAGCAUUGCAAGAACUCGAUGGAUAUUAACUAUUUCAACAAAGCCUGGUCCGCCUACUGAUGUAAAAUGUGUAGUAAAUCCACUAGAUACCUCUCUUGAUAUAUCAUGGAUACCUCCAAUCAACCCUAACGGAGUAAUUGUUCAAUAUCAAAUAAAUAUCAAUCCGGGGGAAAUGGACCAGGUCAACAUAUCAUCCACGUCAACAAAGAAAACUAUCAAAAACUUACUUCCAGAAAAUACGUACACAUUUGCUGUACGCACAAUUAACAAUGCAGCAGAAUCCAUCAGUGUUAGUUCCCCAAGUCAUGAAGUUUCCUGUAAACUUAAAGCUGAGAUUGAAACUUCUUCUAAGCCACAGACAACAUCAGCUAUGAUAACAACACAAUCGGAGACCAAUGAAACCGGACUAAUUCCCAUCAUAACUGAUCUUACUAGCACAACAUCGUCGAUUACCGUACACUGGAGCCAUCCCAGUAAUCAUUCUGAACUUGUAAAUAAUUAUGAAGUGAUAUGGAGAACGGAGGAAACCUCGACAGAGUCGACGGGUCUUCUUGAUAAGAGUGUGAAACAAUUUUCGAUAUCUCGUUAUUUGAUGGCUGGACAACUAUACAUAGUAAAUGUGAUCGCUCAUGUUGAUAUAACAUAUGUUUUAGCUAGAAGUGCAGUACACUCAAUGGACGCUACCGUUAGAUUAGUUCCACGAUACCCCGGAUACCUUAUUUCAAGAGAAUGUGACUUUUCUCAUGAUAACUUGCUUUUGAAAUGGGAACCCCCUGUCGACACCUUUGUUACCAGAUAUGAAGUAAGAAUCGAUGGCAAAACAUAUGCUACAAGAAAUUUCUUUCCUAUGUUACAAUUCACUGGAGACGUUUUUCUUCCUGGAUGGCGUUAUAAUGUAAGAAUCAUUACCGUCAGUGGUACAGACAAUGUCAAGAAAAGCUUUGGAAUAACUCGAUGGAUAUUAACUAUUUCAACAAAGCCUGGUCCACCAACUGAUAUAAACUGUGCAGUUAAUCAAAUAGAAGACUCCAUUGAAAUAUCAUGGAAAGCCCCAACUAACCCUAACGGAGUUAUUAUUCAGUAUCAGAUAAAUAUUAAUCCAGGAAAUCAUGAUCAAAAAAACAUAUCAUCUGGUACAACUAAGAAAAUUAUAAAAUACCUACUUCCAGAACAAACAUACUCAUUUACUGUGCGCACAAUUAACAACGCGGCAGAAUCUAUUAGAGUUAGUGAUCCCAGUCAAACUGUUUCCUGUCAAAUAAAACCUAAAGCAAAUGACUCAACUGCAUUGCCGACGAUGACAAUGACAACGUCAAAAGUGAAUACAAUGUCAAAAGCCACUUUAUUCCCUCCAGAGACAUCAACACCACAAAUAACAAAUACUGUGUCAAAAGCCACUUCAUGGCCGCCGGUUACAUCAACACCACAAAUAAAAGAGACUGUGUCCAUUGCCACUUCAAUGCCUCCAAUUACAGCCACGCCUCAAAUAGAAGACACUGAAAAUUGUAAAUGCAAAUCAUCUGGGGCAACAAUUCCAACAUCUCCUAUAAAUGCUCUGCUGUUUGCACUAAUUUGGAUUCCUGCAUGGAUCAUCCAGAAGAUAGACACUGGCGCUACCUAAAUAUGUAAAAACUGAUAUCUCUUUGUAAAAAAAGUUUUGUUUUUUUAAACUGUAUGCAUAUUUAGAAAAUAGUCUGCCAAGGGGUUACAUAUUACUCUUUAUAUGGAAAUAGUGUUCUGUAGUUCUUUUGAUGCUUUUGUCCAGCAAUGCAGUUUUUUUAUGUUCUAAUUACGAUAUGUAGUCAAUUGUAUCGAUAAAAUAAUAUCUAAUCUGUACCAUACUCUACAAUUUCUCAUUUUAUCUUUUUUAUAGUUUUUCAGAGUGCAAUUGCCUUUAAACAAUACGGUGCCAAUGUGUUAGUCUUUAUAUAAUUAUGUACAUUGUACUGCAUGAUUUUUUAAAAUGACUUUCUUUCCCUGGCGAACAUCAUACAGUUGUUGGAUGGGGUCUCGGGCAACAGUUGAACUGUCGGACCGACUCGCAAACUGUUGCCCAAGUCCAAAGGCCGAAGGCAAAAGUUUUCGAUCCAGUCCAACAGUCAACUGUUGCCCAAGACACAGUCAACAUCAGUUUUGUUAUACCCCCACUUAUUUUUAAAAAAUUACUCAUUAUUUUGCAAAAUUUAACUUAAACACGUGGUAUUGAUGCGGCCCUAUGCUCCCCAAGGCGAACAGGUAUAAGUAAGUAAGUACGUGGUGUUUAGCAAAUAAUGAAUUGUUCAACUGUAUGCUAUCAUUAAUUUAUCAAUGAUUUGAUUUAAAAAAUCACUUAUCUCAUUAACAUGUAACAAGAUUUUCUUUGAACACUUAUAUGGAAAAUAAAAUAAAUUAAAAGUUCAAUAUAUUAAUUGUUGAAUGAUUUGGUUCAUUAUCAUCAAAAAAUAAUAUCACAGUACAUCUAAUUAAAAUCAUUACAUUUGCAAUAUGUGAAGAUAUUUGAAAUUUGUUUAUAGAACAGAAGUAAAAGCAAAAUUGAUAAACAUUUGAAUAUUAUCUAACAACUUUAAAAUAAGAAUAUAAAUAAUGGACAUGUAAUUAAACUAUGAUCACAGUCAUUUACAAAAUGCAUAAAUUAAAAAAAAAAUCAAGUACAAUAAAAAAAACAUACAGCUUUCAUUUUGUAACAAAUAACUUAAACAGCAAACUUUGAUUAAAUUCAAUGCAUGUAACAGCAAACACCCAAAAGAUUACUACAGGCACUUUUUUCACAAACACAGCAAGUUAUACAUACAGUUUAGUUACUGUGUAUUGUAAUGUAGCAGCCAUGGAAAGAAAAUACAGAUUUAGCUGUUAUAACAUUGGGAAUGCUGAAUCCAGUUUCAUAAAGAUUUCCAAACAUGGAGUUGUCAAGAAUGGCAGCUAAAUCUCUGUCAUCAACAUCGACAAUGUCCUAGAGUUCAUUGCACAUUUAAGACUGAAUCUUGCAUUAAAUUGUUCACAAUUUGUUAAAGGGGUGUUUGUUGAAUUGG